UUAGUACGCCUCGAGUGGCGAAUCAAUCCGGUCGCGUGCGCCCUUUUCUUUAAGUUUUAUGUAAACUAUAAGUAAAGUUUUGACACUUGUUUCUUUAAUUUGACUCAAUUAAGGUUCCCAUAAGUUGCGGGAACCGUGUGGAAUCACUUAAUAUUGUAAAAUAUUGUUCAGCUAACAGUGAAUGGCAGACUACAGACAACCAAGUUCUACAAUUGAUCCCCUCAAGAGAAUCCGCGUCGAAGGAAGAGUACAGAUUUACUCACUAGUGAUCCACAGCUGUGAGACAGUUCGUUUGCGAAAACGAAAACAAAUGAGCGUACGUCGAGAAGUUCAGCUCCAAAGAGCAAUUUUCGCCGUAAUCAGAAGAGAGUGAGUAUUGGUUUCCACUUUACCUUACUCAUGGGAAACUCCUCCUUCAAGAUAGUUUUUCUGACAAAAAAAAGAGUAGUUUUUAAUUUGAAUUUAGUCGGAUUUUAAAAAAUCCAGUACAACUAAAUGAAAUGACAAGUUUACCAUGGCUGUUAGCGUUGAUUGCGCAUACUUGGGCUGAACUCUUACCGCAAAAUGUAACUUUCGCACCCGAAAGUGCCGAACCUACGACAAACGUUGAAGUGAUAAGUCAACGAUUUACCUGUCCAGAGACGGAAUCUUUCAGGAAAAUCUACGACUGUUGGACCAAAGCUGGCAUCUACGAGAUCCACUCUACGGCAUUUGCAAUUAAAAUCAACCCGAAAGAGUACGCUCAAAUAGAGUGCUUCGACAACCAUGAGUUUAAAGACUUGCCUAGGUUUAAUCUAAGUAACAUAAGUCAAAUCAAAAUCAGCCGCUGUCAACUGCCCCAGAAUGAAUCAAUUCUACAGCACAUCGCUUUCCUUGGAGUAACGAACAUCACAACGUUCUGGUACUAUAGUCCCGGGAAAGAUUUCGCAGUUCCACUGGUUCGGCAACACUUCCACGGAAUGAGUGACCUGCGAAUACUCACUCUCACGUCUGGAAUCAAACAGUUAGAGAGCGACGUAUUCUCCGGCUUAUCUUCUCUCAAGCUGUUGAGGCUGCGCAACAAUAACAUCGAAACGCUCCACAGCGAGUUCACUGACCUCUCAAAUCUGGUUGUACUAGACCUUUCCAUCAACCAAAUUAAGGAACUCGAACCGGGUCUUUUGAAAAACCAACGGAAUCUCCGGCAUAUUAACCUUUUCCGGAACCAGCUCAACAACAUCACCAAAGAAUCUUUCCGGGGAGCGGAAGCUCUCGAGGAGCUGGACCUCUCAUACAACGCCCUAGAAUUCCUAGAACCGGACGUCUUCUCACUACUACCAAACCUCACCGAACUGAAUAUCACGUUAAAUAAAUUUUCCGAUCUGCCCAAAAAUCUGCUGUCCAAAAAUCGCAAACUCGAAGACUUUCGUCUCAGUCGCAAUCAAGGCCCACUAACGGAGUUACCAGAUUACUUACUUGCUAAUCUACCGCAACUGCACACCAUAAUCCUCAGUCGGUGCAACUUUAUCAGCCUCCCGGAGACACUGCUCCAGGGGUCAUUUGGCAUCAAACUGCUAGACGUCAGCUACAAUCGUCUCACCACUCUACCCGAGCAUUUGCUGCGCGAUCAGCAACAGCUUACAGAGCUAGAUGUGUCGUUCAACGAGCUGGACCAGCUUCCCGAACAACUACUGGAAAACACUAUUAAACUGAUUAAGCUUCAACUGUCUCACAAUCGACUCAACAAUCUUACCGAUCAGGUGUUUCAAACACUGGAAAACCUACAGGAGCUGUACCUAAACGACAACAAUCUACACUACAUCGAUCGAAGAGCAUUCGAUCGAACCAAUGCCCUGAUCCAUUUGUACCUGCAGAACAACUUCCUCUCCUUCCACAAGUUCAGCUUUGUCCAGCAGGAGCAGGACAUCGGCGACAGCGACGGAACUCCAUUCCAAAGUCUCAACAACCUAAAGGUGUUGAAUCUACGCAACAACAGCAUCGCCGCCAUUUUGCGAGACUGGGCCGUUAAUGCGCUUAACCUUGAAGAGCUUGAUCUCAGCUACAACAACAUCUCCACAAUCACAUUUUCUAGUUUGCUGUUCGCAUCCUCAAAGAUUCGGAUCAACUUAUCCCAUAACCUAAUUUCCCGAAUCGAUUUGCGGGACAUGGAAGACAUCGUUGAAAACCAGCCACCGAAAUUCGUCAGCCACGCCGAUUUGUUGCUGAACGAUAACCCAUUGAACUGUGACUGUGUGCUGCUACAGUUGGUACAAUAUUUGCAUCGGCUGAUGAAGCAGCGUGUUUACAAAACCAUAACAUUCAACGCUGAUAACUUACGCUGUGCCGAACCGAAGCAAUUUGAAAACAGACUAGUUAGCAGCUUACACUUGGAGGAUCUCCUCUGCGAUCAACCGGAAGGGUGUCCAGACAAAUGUCGCUGCACCAGGCGCCCAUUCGAUAAGGCUCUUAUCAUCGAUUGCACCAAACAAGGCCUAAACGAAAUCCCUCCACUACCGCUACCCAGCGAUUUAUCUUUGGAGUACAUCGAACUGCACAUGGAAUACAACAACAUAACGGAGCUGCCGACCCAGGAACUGACCGGAUAUUCCAGCGUCGAAAAACUGUUCCUGCAGAACAACUCACUGGCUCAGCUAGCCGCAGAAAACUUACCGAUCAAACUACGAAUUCUGGAUGUCUCCAACAAUAGGCUGGUGGCCUUGAACCAAUCGGUCAUCGAAACACUCAAUAACAGCAAAUUUUUGGAAAACACUCGAAUGGCUGGAAAUCGCUGGCAGUGCGAAUGCACCAAUUCCAAGUUUGUAAACUUCAUCCAGCGGAAUCAACAGCGUAUUGGAGAUAUUAUCUACUUGACGUGCGAGGGAGGUGAAGCUUUGACGGGGAUCACCAUUAGUGACCUGUGUAACCGAGAUUUCGCCGCAAUUCUUGGGUGGACUAUUUCGUUGGCGGUAUUUUUUGUGCUCGUUGCCAUAUUUACCAUUUUGUACUACCGCUACAACAUGGAGAUCAAGGUUUGGUUGUUCAAGAACGGUCUGUUCCUAUGGCUGGUCACCGAGGAAGAACUGGACAAGGAUAAACUGUACGACGCAUUCAUCUCCUACUCGCAUAAGGAUGAAGAUUUCAUCACCGAACAGCUGGUGCCCACGCUGGAGAAAGAGCCGAUGAACUUCAAGACCUGUCUACACAUCCGUGAUUGGACCGCUGGGGAGAUGAUCAGUACACAGAUCAUCAAAUCCGUCGAAGAAUCCCGGCGAACAAUCGUGGUACUGUCCAGCAAUUUCCUGGAGUCCGAAUGGGGCAAAAUGGAGUUCCGAACGGCCCAUAUCAACUCGAUGAAGGAGAAGCGGGUCCGAGUGAUCGUGAUCAUCUACGGGGACAUUGGAGACGUCGACUUGCUGGAGCCGGAACUGAAGGCGUACCUCAAGAUGAACACCUACGUCAAGUGGGGCGAUCCGUGGUUCUGGGACAAGCUCCGAUACGCCAUGCCCCAUCCACCGACCGUAAAGGGUUUAAAGUCGAAGAAAGGUACCAUUUUGGAUGCCGCAAAAAGUUUCGAGGACAUUAACUUGUCUGAAUAUCCCUGAGUGUGAUGCCUUACUUAAGUAACCUCGAUGAAUGGUUUAGGCCUGUAUGACCCAAAACGUACCUGCACGAUACAUUAUCUCAGGGAUGCUCAUAGCUCGAUAUGAUAACCUCUGUAAUUUCUCAUUUUAGGAUUUUAGAAACAAAAAGUCACUCAAACGUUUUAAAAAUAACUUAUUUACCUGAAAUACAUUUUGGGUAAAGCAUCGAGACAACCUGACCGAUUUUAAUCGUUUCUACGGUUUCGUUCAAAUAGCUGUUAUUCGAUGUUUUCAGAAAACAUAGAUUUACUUAAGGUGGCUUUCUGAAAUUGAGCGGAACAUCAACUUCUAUCGUUUCAAAUGCUUAAUUUGUCAACUUCUGGUUUU